CAGUCGGCUCUAGGCAUGUGACAAAGCGUCAUUUCAAAAUAGGAGACGGAAGACGUUCUUCUAGCUUUUUUUGAAAGCAUAUGAGCAUGUCAAAAAUGCUUAAACCAAAGGCUUUAACCCAGGUUCUAUCUCAGGCCAACACAGAGGGUGUAUUAUGUACCUUGCUCUUAAACAGAGAAGGCAGCUUGCUCGCUUAUUCUGGUUACGCCGACAAGGAUGCCAAGAUGACAGCAGCCAUUGCGAGCAGCAUUUGGAUGGCCAAUGAGAAAAAUGGGCAGACUGCAUUCAACGAGAAGCAGCUUCGACUGGUUGUGGCUGAGUGCGAGGAUGGUCAGGUGGUAAUCACGCAAGUUGCAAACCUGCUGUUGUGCCUGCAUGCCAAGAAGAGCGUCGGGCAAGGACUUCUUCGAGCUAAAGUUCAAGCUCUGGUAGAGUACCUAGAGGGUCCACUACUGCAGGUAGCUGCAUCUUGAUUUGCUUUGUAUCCACCCUGGUUCUGUACAAUAUUUAGUGUGUAUGUAAUGCUGCCCCAGUAAAGUCACUGACGGAAUAAAGUUAUCACAUUUGUUAUACA